GUUUAGAAACACACGUUCUGAGCCAGCCGAAGUUUGACGCUGCAAGAUGGAUACGCACAUACAAAACAGAACGGCGUCGAAGAUGUUGCUCAACAUAAGCAUUCUAUCAAUUGCGCUCAACGUUUCCUACUUUGCGUUUCUUCUGUACAGCAACAAACUGUACGAUGUCGGAAAGUGUUGCUCUUCGAUGGUAUUGUUGGUGCUUCCGGUUUCGGAAAUGCUCAAGCAUUUCUACAUCAAACAUGCCUUCCGAUUGGACGGUACUGCGAAAAAUGGUCACAACAGCGGCACCAUGCCUUCCGGGAGGGUGUUUUCGAACAAGGGCAAAACCGUCCGCAUUCAAUGGAAACAAUUGUUUCACUCAACACUGCUUCUUGCCUUGACAGUGUUGUUCUUCGGAUUCGUUUGUCUGGUUCUAGGAGCACCGCUUCCGCAAUACGAAGAAACAGUUUCCCUGUCCUUUACAUUGACUACAGUGACGAUCUUCCCAAUUAUGCUGCUAAUUGGACAUUCGUUAACAUAUAAACUGCUGCUGUCGGAAUCUCUCGAGCUGAAGUGUGUCCUUGCGAAUAGCUACCUGAACAUGCUAAAAAAUAACUGCAUUGGAGUGAUCCUGGGGGCAUGGGGGGCGUCCGUAGCUGCUCCACUGGAUUGGGAUCGACCGUGGCAAGUCUAUCCGAUACCGAACAUUGUUGGCGUUUUUUUUGGAUUGUUCGGUAUGAAUCUACUCAGUCUGCUCAGAAUUGUAUAUUUUAGUUUCACGCAGCGGCGGAUCAAAAAGAUGUAAGAACGUCUGCCUGCGACUCAUAUCUAGUCUGACGCCAAAAUACAGUAUUGUGUAAUAUUUC